AUGCCACUUAUAAUUCUUACCGGAUACCCCUGCUCUGGCUUAACCUAUCGCGCAAAGCAACUACAGACGCUUCUCGAAAAUCUGCAAAACACCCUGUUCCCUGUGCUGGAUGACGAAUCGCAAUCUCAAUCGCAGAAGAACCGAUAUAAAAUCCAUGUUGUUGCUUCGCAUGAUGGCGCUCACCCUCGGACGGUGUAUGAUACCGCUCGGUCAGAAAAAGAAGCUCGGGCUGUGGUCUAUGGGCGCGUGAAGAGACUAUUGGGGAAGGAUAGUAUGGUGAUUGUUGACGGUAUGAAUUACAUUAAAGGGUGGAGGUACCAGCUCUGGUGUGAGAGUAAGGCGGCGGGAACGACGUGCUGCGUGGUACAUGUUGGAACUCCAAUAGAUCAGUGUGUUACGAACAACGACGAGCGUCUACAAGGUCGAGAGCAGGAAAAAAAUGCUGAAACAGUUUUAGCUGGUACCACUGCUUGUGAAAAUGCAUUGCCGGAAUACGACGACCAACCGUACCCACCUGAACUUCUACAAAAUCUCAUAUUCCGCUAUGAAGAACCCUCUACAUCCAGUCGUUGGGACAAACCCUUAUUCACAGUACCAUGGUCUGAUCCUACACCACCGAUAGAAGCCAUUUGGACCGCAUUAACCGGCCAAGCACUCAGUUUAUCAGCCCCAUCCAUCGUUGCAACUCCAACGUGCAGCAUACCUGGGCAAAAUCUUCCUACAACGGACCCCGAUCCAGCUAAUGCCCCAGUGCUACGAAGAAGCGGCUUCUCCCGUCCCAAAAUCACUCCACACCAAGCAACUGUACAACCUCCUACAACUGACCCUAACGCUCUUUAUGCCCUUGAAAAACGCACCUCUGAAAUCAUCACCCACAUUCGUAACUUCACGCAAUCUCAUCCGAGUAUCUCGGUACUUGGUGUGUCGAAUACAUCAGACAAUUCCAAUACUCCAGGCAUCUCAAUCCACAUACCGAACGUACCUAUCCCAUUGUUUAUUCCUAGCUCUACUCUAGCAGCCUCGCCGACCGAGGAAUUGGCCGGGGCGGGCGGAGUUUUAGCCCUUCCACGGUUACAGAGAUUACGAAGGCAAUGGGUGGGGAUGAAUCGAGCGUAUCUGGGACAAGGACAUGGUAAGGGCCAAGGUGCGAUGGGAAUGGAGAAGGUCGGUGAAGCCUUCGUGGGGUUUUUAAACGGCGAGUUUGAAACCGUAGAAUAA